AUGUGGCACGAAGCACGUCGUCAGGAAAAGCUGAUGCGUGCGCGCAUCGUUGACUGCUCGAAGAGAGCUGAGAAACGAAGGAGAUUCUACGACAGCGUGCGAAAGGAUCCGGACCAAUUUAUGCAACUGCAUGGUCGGAAGUGUAUUAUCCACACAGAUAAGAGCAUAGCUAAAGCUGCUGAGGACAGUAAUAUUUUGCGGAAAUGGCAAGGCGAUCCAAACAUAUUGAUAGAUCGUUUUGAUGCUCGCUCUCACCUUGACUACAUUCCACCAGUAAAAAGGAAAAAUGUCGAGCCUGAUAGUGAAGAUGAAAAACAAGAGAUUGUCUGUGACUUCGAACGUUAUCGAAUUCUGGUGAUCAACGAGUUUCGUGAUAUCUCGGAAAAGGACUACCUUCGUAAAAUUGCUGAGAAGGAAUUUUGGCGCAUUCCCAAGGAUGAUCAGUUGAAAUCGGAGCAAGAGAAGAAAAAGAAGUCAGCUGAAUCUAAAGCUUCGAUUGGAUUCAAUUAUGAAAAUUCAGUUGUUGUUAAAAAGGAAAAUGAAAGUAACGAUAGCGACGACGAUGCGGAUAUAGAGGAGCCAGAGGAUAUUGACGUGGAGCUCGAUCUUCGUGGUGCCGACGCUGAAUCGCAGCGUCGUGUGAACUGCGUUGGAGAAGCGUAUGGUAUUCGUCGUGGUAGCUUCGCAGGCCUUCUGCGAGCAGAUGCUAUUGCGCGUGCCGAAACCGCCGAGUUGCGACGAAUCGACAGAGAGAAAGCAGCACUCGCUGGUAGGGAUUCGAAACAUGAACGGCUUCUCUUAAAAAAGCAACGUGCUCUGAUAGUUGGGAAAGGUUGUCCUGAUGAAGCAACGGUUUCGCUUCUAAGCUUUGUUGAGAAUGCAGCAGCUCAAAAGAAGGCCAUCCUGGAGUCUAGCUCGUCAAGCGAAUCGGAGGACGAUGCUAGGCCGCAGUUUAUCACAACAUUUGGUGGCGAUGACCGGAAAGACGAUGAAGAAGAUGAAGAGAAGACAGCCACUGUUGGUGUGUUAGGCCCUCAAUUACCGACUAAGGAGUACCGUCGGAUGUUCGAUUUAACGAAAAGGGCGGAAAGUCCGGACCAGAUGUUGCAAAAAGCAGGAGGCCGGGAAAGUGGUGAUCGAAGAAGCCGUAGUAGAAGCAGAACACGUGAAAGAAGACGAUCACGUUCUAGAACUUCUAGCCCCCCGAAGCGCCGCUCUCGUUCUCGUUCGCAUGAGCGACAACGCAGGUCCCGCUAUUCUAGAAGUCGUAGCAGAGACCGUGACUAUAAGCGUCGCAGUCGAUCCAGAUCUCAUGAGGCCCGCAAAAGUCGUGGCAGUCCUGACAGGCCUCUUUUCCGUGACCGGCGGGAUGAUUUUGGUCACACAUCAUCCAUACAUCGACAUGAAUCACCAUCGAAAUCAAAAUCUUCAAGCGCUGAUGAUGACGAUAUGCUUGAGAUUAGAUCGAGUAUGUCUGAGUCUGAAAAGGAGCGCAUUGCAAUAGAAAAUCGGAAACGUCGAAUAAACAGAACUAAAAGGAUGGUGAGAGAAAACCGUACCGCUGCAGCUAAAGAAGUCCACCCAGAUUCUGAUGAAGAGGAAAAGAAAGAAAUCGCGCGCAAAAUCAAGCUGAAGAUGAAGAAGGCUCUUCGCCAAACCGUGGAAGAGCUGAAAGAAGAGCAAGAAGAGAAAAGAAAAGAAUUAGAGAAGGAAAGACGUAUACGCGAUGAAAUCCUAUAUGUGGAGGAAAUGGAACGUCGAGAAAGAGAACGUGAACGCAGGCGGGAACGUAGAAGACAAGAAGACCUUUUGUUCGACGAAGAGCGAGAUAGGCGAAGACGUCAACGACGGAGCAGAAGCCGAAGCCACGACAGAAAACGGGAUGAACGAUCGUCACGCAAAGGACGUGAUUACAAAUAA